AUGGCAGCAACCGGUGGUUCCAGCGCGUCAGCUACCCGGUACGACGUGUUCUUGAGUUUCAGAGGGCCCGACACUCGCAACACCUUCACCGACUGUCUCUACCGGACCAUGUUCGGCCAGGGGAUUGUCGCCUACAGAGACAGUGAAGAGCUUCACGCUGGUGAUCGGAUCGACGAUCUCCUGAGUGCGGUCGGCGAAUCCAAGAUCUGCAUACCGGUCCUCUCCAGAGGCUAUGCUUCGAGCGCUUGGUGCCUCCGCGAGCUCGCUCGAGUGACGGAGCUCCAUGAAUCGACUGGGAAGCCAGAGAUCCUACCCAUCUUCUUUGAUGCAACGGUGGGAGGCGGCUCUGGGAAAAGUGGCUGA